CUUGUCUUCACGUCUGCUCGCAGGAACGGAGAGAUCGCCGGGAAAGGGCAUAUGGUCCUUUCGGAGCUAGAGGAGUACAAAGGAGAGUUCGCAGCGGGAUUGCGACAUGGCAACGGCAUCAUGAUCUUUGAGGACGAUCGACGUUACAACGGGGAGUGGCUGCGGGGCGAGAUGGAGGGGUACGGAGUGAUGUCCUACCGCAACGGGGACGAGUACAACGGCCCCUUCGGAGGCGUCAAGGCGGGACGAGGAGUCAUGUUGUACAGGGACGGCAGCAGGUACGACGGGGACUGGAUGAACGGGAAGCGAAGUGGAAUAGGGAAGUUCGAGUAUGCCAACGGGAAUGUGUAUGAGGGGCUGUUCGAAAACGACGAGUGUGAUGGAUGGGGCAAGUGCGAGUUCAAGGACGGGGCCAUGUACAUGGGAGAGUGGAAGGGGAACGAGAUGAAUGGGGAAGGAACCCUGCAAGACAAGGAUGGAGGGAAAUUCAAGGGCGUCUUCGUCAACGGAAGACUGGAAGGAGAUGGAGAGUACUCGCAUCCUAACGGACACACGUACAGGGGAGAGUGGGUGGCCAACGAGAAGAGCGGAGAAGGGAUGGAAGUGUUUGCGGAUGGAUCGUCUUACCACGGGCAGUACGAGCACGGGAAGGCUCAUGGGCUCGGCAUGGCGCUGAGGCAGGACGGAAGGAAGUACACCGGGAGGUGGAAAGAAGGGUUGCGACACGGGGAGGGGACGGAGGUUGAAGCAGAUGGGGUAGCACAAUACAGCGGGGAGUGGGCCUCUGAUCAGAGCAAGCUAGGGAAAGGGAAGAUGGUCUACUCCGACGGCUCUUCCUACGAUGGAGCAUGGAGGGAGCAGAGGUAUCAUGGCUUCGGCAUCUUCCAAUCUGCUGACGGGUACAAGUAUGCCGGCGAAUGGGUCGAGGGACUGCAAGACGGGAUAGGACGAGAGGAGCAGUGGAGGCAGGAUGGGACCCUAACCUCGUCCUUCCAAGGAGAGUUCAAGCAGGGGAAGCGCAGAGGAAGGGGGUCAGAGGUCCAGCCUGACGGCAUCGUACAAGUCGGUGAGUCAUGGAGGAGCACGUUUGACAUUCGAGCAUCGAUUCUUGUGCAGGAAUUUUCAAUGACAACAAGAUCGUUCAGUCCCUCCUCAGCAGCUCACAUCAAGGCACCACAAGUGCUGCUUCUCCUGCACAUGUUGGGCUUGUCUUGUCCCUCGUCUCCCUCUCAUCCUCUGACACCUUGCAGGCUGAUGGAGACGAGCAGCAUGGAGAGAAGGUCUGACCCGCACGAGGCAGCUAAGCCUUCCUCAGAGCCCGAGCAUGGACAACGUUGGGAGCUCCUCGAUGUGAGGGGGAGCAGCAGGGCCGUCAAGCUCUUUGUUGACGAUGCUGUUAGUGAAAGGGACUUACCCAUGCUAUGA